AUGGAGAUUAACCCUACUCGCGUCUUAGUGCAGGAUGAGCUGGCGGACUUAGCCAACAGACUCAACCAGCUCUCCGUCCAGAGGCCGGGGCACAUGCACCAUGAUUAUGCACACUUCAUUCGCCUUCCCGAUACUAGCAACGAGCUAAGGAUUCUCGACUACGCUGGCCACGGAGGAAAACCCAACCGAACCAGAAACCCUGCUCCGCGGCCGGAUCCCAGCACCCAGUCUCAGUCCCAGAACAGUAACAUAAAUGACCAGAACCAACCUCAGCGGGGCGACCAGAAUCCCGGCGGCGGCGAUGACGGCAAUGGCGAGGAUUCCGACGGGGAAGACAGACGGCGACGCGGUCCUCUCACCCAAGUAGCCGAGCACUCGCUGCACUCCCUUCCGCAGCUGAAGAGCUUUCUGGACAGAGUACUGCAACCGACAGACCCAGAAAUUUCCCGCGAUAUCCGUUGGCUGAGAAUCGACUCAGGGGACAAUUUCAAGCUCUUGUGCCAUCUAGUCUCCCUCAAGAGGCUGCAACAUCCCUACAAGGCGGUUCUCGAGCGUGCCGUCCGCAACCGGGACGAGGGCACGCGGCGCAAGCAGGUGAUGCUGCGCUAUUACAGCCAGAUCACGGCGGGAAAGCCGCUCGAAUAUGCAGACUCGUUCAUCGCACUGCUGAGCGACGUCGAAGUCCGGGAGGGCUUCCUGGCCAGGUUCCUCGACCAACACAAGCGGUCGAACCUACCCGGCACGGCGGGAGCUCAAGCGGCCGCUGACUUCCAGAGAGACAUCCAGAAAAGGUUCGACAGCCUCUGCUCGAUGAAGAACGACGAAUUCUUCUGGUGGGCCGAACGAGCCAUCAUGAGAGUCCUGAGCCAAUUUGACACUCAUAUCGGCAACGGCCAAGAGCCCCAGGACCCUCGCCUCGUCUCGGGCACCGAGGAACGCCUCGUCGGGAUCGUCGAGUCCAUAUACACACAGGCCUGGGCGCAGUGUUCCAUGCUGUACUCCGGUUCCCAGCCCCGUCUCGAGGAAGUCUUCAAGCAUGUGCGGUCUUUCAUCCGCCAGUCCCUCACUGAAGACGACAGGACGAAACGGUCCACCGACUUGGCCGUCGUGGUGCAGUGUUUCGUCGGCAAGGUCGCACUGGACGUGGCGACAUGCAUCUGCGACGACCUAAAGACAGGGGGGGCAACCAAGUCCCCCACAAAGAACCUCAAGAUCCCCCACAUCCUCCGGCACUCGCGCGCCGGCCCCCUGCUGAAGGACACAUACAAAAUCUGGCACGUCUCCCAAGUCACCAGCGACCUCACCUUCCAGUCCGCCUCCCUCAUCGAGGCAGACCAGGGCCCGCUAGCCUUCCAGGGCGCGGAGGCCUCGGCCUCGGCCUCCCAGCCGGCUAUCGACCUCGACUCCCUCACCCGCGCCUGCGCCGCCGUGCACAAACACCUCCAACCCACCAACCUACCCCUAGCCCUCUUCUUCAGCGCCGCCUUCCCCGAGCCCGGCAAGCCGCGGCUCCUCGUGUUCAAGGGCCAGUGGCUGACCAAAGUCGUCAGUAUCUCGCCGCAGGAGAUGAAGGACAUGGGCUGGGACGGGCCGAGGCCGGUUGCGGAUGUCCCGCAGGGCUACGUGCGCUUUUCUGCUUCCCGGCUGGAGGGCGGUGUUCCGAUCUUGGUGAGUAUGGAGGAGCAUGUGCUGGGGGCGGUUACGCCCGCGAAUAAAUAUCUCUCGUGGGAAGAUGUUGUGAAGGCUGGAGGGGAUGAGUGA